AUGGCCCAUGGAGCAGCUGCAGCAGAGGAGCUCUUCACGAACCCCAUCGUCGCGGGGAACUACCCGGACCCGGGGGUGAACAAGAUCGGAGAGUACUACUACUUGGUGGCCACGGGUGGUGGACCUGGAGGCGCCUUCCGGAUGCUGCGCAGUCGGGACCUGGUGGCCUGGGAGAUGUGCGGCCAGGUCUUUGACGCCAAGACGCUGCCAGCCUGGAGCGGCGGCGCCCAUGGCGAGAAGUGCGACUACUGGGCUCCAGAGAUCCAUCAGCUGCCAGACGGGCGCUGCGCCGUGUUCUUCAGCGCGCGGGAGCCGCAGGACGCGGGCCUCGCGAUGCACGUGGGCAUGGCCUUCGCAGAGCGCCCGGAGGGGCCCUACGUAGACCUGGGCCGACCUUUGCUGCAGGACCCCCACUGGGCCAUCGACGCGAGCUACUUCUUCGACGAGGACAGCGGCAAGCAGUACGUGCUUUGGAAAAUCGAUGGCAAUGCUCACAAGGUUCAAUCCGUCAUCAAGAUGAGAGAGCUGGAAGAUGAGACGGGAGCUUCGGAGCUGGAGCUGGUUCGCAAUGACCAAAAGUGGGAAGGCGCUGUGGUGGAGGGUCCUUGGCUGGUGAAGCGAGGAGGAUUCUACUACUUGUUUUACUCUGGCGAGUGCUAUGCCAACCAUCGCUACUGCGUAGCAGUGGCGCGAGCGGAGCAGGUCUGUGGCCCCUACGUGAAGUCCGGCGCCCCCGUGCUGUCGAGCUCCCGCGGCUGGGCGGGGCCUGGGCACUGCGUGGUGCUCCCCGCGGAGGGCGGCGACGCGCCUCGGGCGGGGUUUGGACCGCUUUGGGGCGACGAACGUGUCAGCCAAAAGAAAGGAAACACCCCAAAUGGUUUUGGUUUGUUUGCAGAGGAUGAGAGGAAGCCAACCGGUUUUUUGGUCUGUUUUGGAGAGGAUGAGAGGAACAUCAAGGGGUCCCAGGCCCCGUUUUGA